CUAAGGGUAACUAGUGUACAUGGAGAAAGAGCUCCAUUGCCAUUCAUUAACUCAGUCGAGGUUACCUUCCCCGAGAGGCCAGAACUAAAAUCAGCUCUACUGGAGAAGCAACCUUUCUUACUAAAAAGGGAAAUGCUCAAAUCAAGACCUUUUAAAAUGGUUCUGAAGGUUAAUUUCAGUGAUGGCUGUGGCUGUCCAUUUACCAGCUUUGAGUUCCCAGUAAAUUUUCAGAAACAAACAGAAAGCACUAGCCAGGAUAAAAAUGUUGUAAUUCAGAAGCUGAUAGACACAGCAAUGCAAGAUGAAUGCUGCGGGAAGUUCUCUUUAGUCGAGAAAAGUAUCCUUUCAGGCCUGAAAAAGGAAAUUGCCAUCUAUGCCGGCACUACGAACAUCGUUAGAUACUGUGAUUUUUCAUCGAGCAAAGGCUUUGGCAAUAUCAAGUGGGCAGGUAAACGAGAAAGAAAGGAAAUCAAUGUCAAAGGGAAAGGUUGCUCGGUGGCAAGGCAUGAAGACGAAAUUGUGAAGAAAUUGAAGGUCUGUUGAAUUUGUUCUUUCGGAGUAUAUAUUUUCUGGAAUCUUAAUCAUCAGGAGGUAUAUCAUUAGCUGUACAGUAACACUGCUAAUUAAUAGGUAAGAGUAUGAUUAGCUUGUAAAUCUUUUGGAAAGGCUCGAGUAUAUUUUGUGCACUGAAACCGAGUCUCAGUUGGGAAUGUUGAACUGGGCAGUAAAUAUUGUCAUAUGAUCUGUCAGUUGAACUGUAAAGCCUUCUUUUGCAGUGUUUCUUACUUAACCA